AUGAACAACACAGAAAAAUAUUUAUUCAACUUUAAAGGUUAUAAUGUCAUCAGCAUUGCUGAUAUGAACAGACUAGAAAAUGCAGAAAACUUUGAAAUCAGAGAUGAUGAUGUUUUCAUAAUCACAUAUCCCAGAUCAGGUACAAUGUGGAUGCAGCAGAUUCUAAGCUUGAUUUACUUUGAGGGACAUCGGAACAGAACUGAAAACAUGGAAACUGUUAGAAGAGUCCCCUUCUUUGAGUACAGUUAUCUUGGAAUGGACAUUGGAAACAGACCGUCCCCUCGUCUCUUUGCUUCCCAUCUUCCAUAUUAUUUAACACCUAAAGGUCUGAAGAACAAAAAAGCUAAAGUUAUUUAUGUCUACAGAAAUCCCAAGGAUAUUUUGGUCUCAUAUUUUCAUCUUGAAAAUUCGCUGAAUCUUUUUGAAGCUACAGAUACCAUAGACGAUUUCAUAGAAAAGUUUCUGGAUGGAAAUGUUUUAGGAAGUCUUUGGUUUGAUCACAUCAGAGGCUGGUAUGAACACAGGCAUGACUUCAAUAUUCUCUUCAUGAUGUAUGAGGAGAUGAAGAAGGAUCUCAGAGGUUCAGUGCUUCAGAUCAGCAGAUUUCUUGGGAAAGAACUGAGUGAAGAGGAUGUGGAUGAUAUCGUCAAUCAGGCUACAUUUGAAAACAUGAAGUCCAUUCCACAAGCAAACUAUGCUCAUGUUGUGAAAAGUUUAGGAUUUAUAAGACACAACGGGGAAUGUUACAUGCGAAAAGGUACCAUUGGAGAUUGGAAACAUCAAUUGACCGUGGCACAGAAUGAAAAAUUUGACAGAAUUUUCCAGACAAAGAUGAAAGACUUUCCCUUAAAGAUCAUCUGGGAUAUAAAUGAAGAGAAUUCUGAUAACAUCGAUAAUCCAUUAUUACAUCACUUUCAUUCAAGCUGUGAUUAUACCAAGAUGUGA